UGCAUUGGCGGGCGCGGCGCAGCAGCCGUGCCCGGCCCGCCCCUGCGCAGGCGCGGCUGGCGGCGGCGAUGGGCGGGCGGGUGACCCGCGUGUUCCGGAAUUUUAACGUGGAGAACCGGGCCAGCCGCGAGAUCAGCAAGGAGAAGCCCACGCCGGCGCCGCGGCACCGCACGGCCCGGCUGGACACCAUGGCCGAUAGCCCAGAGAUAAGAGAAGAAGUUCUUAGAAAGGAUGAUAGGUUCCUCACCUUGCUCAAAGAUGUUUAUGUAGAGUCCAGAGAUCCACCAGUGCAGGUUAAAGAUGGAGGUGGUGAACGUCUUCCAAGCAAACAGGAGGAAAAGAGACUUACCAAAUUAGGCCACUUGGAAGCUCUAGAUGUUAACAAAGUUUCCAAAGGCAAAAUUUCCCUUGUGGAGGCUCUGACACUUCUUAAUAAUCAUAAACUUCAACCUCAAAUAUGGACUGCAGAGAAAAUAGCAGCAGAAUAUAGUCUGGAACUGAAGGACGUCAACUCUCUUCUGGAAUUCUUCAUUCCUUUCACCGUAAUGGAAUUUCCUAAAGAAACCAAAAAAGCCAUAACAAGCCAUAAACCAAAACAGUUAACAUAAAAAUACCUGCCAAAACCUUUUGUGAUCUCACUCGUGUCUUCAUUUUACUCUCAAGUAUAUUCCAUGUCUGCAAGGCUGCAGAGAGAUGCCAGUGAGAUGUAUUCAAGCAAUUCCAUUCUACAUUGGAUGGCUUCAGUGAAAUGCAGCAACUAGUUUGUAAACCAGAAUAUGACUCAUUCAUGGUAUGACAGCACAUUACACAGUUCUCAUUAUCCCAUUCAAAUGUUGUGAGUUCAGUUAAAGCAUUUUACCUUUGAAGAUUGCCUUUCUCAGCAGAGACUUCCUGGCCUGCAGCUAAAGAGGUGCUCUGUGGGUGUUGGCUCUGUAAUUUCAUGUUGCACUGUUCUUUCAAGGACUUGCUGUCAAGGUGUGUGUACAUAACAAACAGCUGUAUUUCUUUUGUAUGAGAGUGGAAUGGUAUUUGUACUUUGUAAAGAAGGUUAACCACAAGGGCAUUUGGAAAAUUCAGCUGUGUCAAACAUAAAAUAAAAAGAAGGUGAACAGCAAGAA